AUAAAUUCUCCUCCACCUAAUAACAAAUGAUGGGACGUUCAAUUUAAAUUAGGAUAAUUGAAAGUAUUAUGGAGUAAUUACUUUGCAGAAGUUGAUAGGAUGACAGAAGCAUAUAAUUAGGGCUUAUUUGUGAAAAUAAAAAAUAGAAAUAGGAAACAAUAUUUAGAUGAAAAGGAAUUGAAAAUUGUGAUAAACCAUUAGUGGAUACAAACUUGUGAAUGAA